AUGGCCAGCUGGGAUUUUGUACGUACCCACAUACCUCGAAGCCCUUGCUGCGUCUCCUGAAUCUCGUAGAUGUUUCGGGUGCGACGCGAUACUCGUUUCCCCCCCGGCUUGUCUUGAGCCUCCGUCGUUGUCGUCAUUUCGCGCCCGUCCGGCGUGGUGCGUGCUGAGGAUCGCUCAGCACUCUGGACGCCUGCACGGCGGAUCACCGCUCCACAGUCUCAUCGUGUCCCGUCGAUAUUAGAGCGGAUCCAGAAUGGACCCGUGGUACGGCACACUGCUAUGUGAUAAGGAAACGCCCGAUCCCCGGGACGAUCCCCGGUGCAUCCACAUGACUAUCAUCAUCAGCCGACGACUCCCGUCCUUUCCCAACAACUGAAUCUCAACAGUUACCGCCAAACUCCCUCCUCCCCUUUAUUCCCAGAGCUAAACCCUCAUCUCCCUCCUUCCCCCCCUUUUCUACGCUCUUGCGCAGAUUCAGAAACAGAUCUUGCUCGGCGACGCGGCGACGGGUAAAUCGUCCCUCUUGGUUCGCCUGACCGACGAUCGCUUCCUCAACCACUCUGAACCAACGUAAGUGAAGUGUAUUCCCAAGAGCUUCAAUUAGUUUUCUUCUUCCUUCGUUAUUCGAACUGCGUUGAUGUUACGAUCUGGUCGACGUGGCGUAAAGGGGGGGAGGACGGAAACUGAAUUUUCAGAGUUACUGAUACCCCUCGACAUCCUAAUAUCGCACAGUAUCGGCGUCGAAUUCGGAUCGAGGUUGGUCGAACUGACUGAAGGGGAAGACAAGGGGAAGAAAGUCAAGUUGCAGAUUUGGGUCAGUCCUAUUGCCUCGUUCCCUCGUCUCGGGGGGAGGGGGGGGGGGGGGCUUGCCUUUGGAAUGUCUUUGCUCUCGAAGCUCAUGCUGAUUCGGCAAAUUUGAUUCUGUGACAUGUGGGAUUUGAGAAACGAUCAGGAUACCGCUGGACAGGUCAGUACCUUUCCUCUCGAGAUGCGUAUACGCUCGGCAAACUGCUAGCACGGCGUCUUGGGUUGGUGGGUCCCCUUCGAAGCCUCGAACUGAUUCUUUGCUCCUUCCCCAUCCUCCCUCGCGAUUCCGCACUCACCAGGAAUCCUUCCGGUCGAUAACACGUAAGUUCUCCAAAAAAAAAAACUACCACAAUCCCUGUAUCCAGCCAGAACCUACUCCCUAACCGACCGCAUAUCCCCAACCCCCCACGACGCUCACCUCACCUCCUCAGGAUCCUACUACCGAGGUGCCGGUGGUGCAUUACUCUGCUUCGACCUAACCUCCCGUUCGACUUUUUUAUCCUGUCGAAGUUGGUUGAUCGAUCUCAAACAAUGGGGGGAGGAAGAUCUUUUGGUUUUGGUCGUGGGUAAUAAGAAGGAUUUGAUUCGGUCUCGACGAUCGCAAGACUUGGAGGAAGGGGGGAGAGACAGUGAAGAAGAAUCUUCGACAGUGGUUGAGGUGGAGGGGAUAGAAGGGGAGGAGGAAGAUGGUGAACGAAGGCUCGUCCCUGGUGGUCCUGGUGGUGGUGGUGGUGGGGUGGAAGAGUUGAGGAGAGAAGUACAAGCUUGGGUUAAGGAACAAGGAUUGGCAGGCUACGUAGAGACGUCCGCUAAAGAUGGUGAAGGAGUACAAGAGGUGCGUUUCUUGCCGAUCUGCCUGCUCCAUUGGUCGAAGCUUCAAAUCACGCCCAUGACUUUUUGCGCCUGACUCUUUUACCUUCUUUUCCUCUCCAGGCAUUCAACGAGCUCACAAUAAAGGUCCACGAGAAGCACCAGAAAGCGUUGUCCGCGCAACGCGCCCGAGGAGGUGCGAACGGUUUGAAAGCGUUCAGAUUGACAAGAGCAGGAGCAUCGACGACGAACGAAGGGGGUGGCGGGUGUUGUUAA